GUACUGUUAGGGAUUUCUGUUUGCUGUUGAUACAUAGACUUAGCUGUAGAAAUGAAGCGACUUCUGGUCUUACUAUCAUUAUUUUUUCUUACUGAAGCUGAAAGACAAGAUCUUUCAGGUAAAAUGUUCACAUUUCCAGUGGAGUCCAAUACUGCCUAUUUGAGUCUAAUACCUGAAGUGGACAAGACCUUCGUUUCUGUAACAGUGUGUCUACGAGCUUUCUCUGAUAUUUCUAGAGCUCAGAGCCUUUUUUCUCUUUCUGUGCCAUCAAAUGACAAUGCCUUUUUAAUUUUCAAGCCAAAACAAGGAGUGUAUGAAUUUUACGUGUUAGGACAAAUGGCAGAGUUUUGGGGCUUGCAGGAUGAUUUGAAUGUGUGGAAUUCAGUGUGUGCUACCUGGGACGGUACUACAGGACUAGUUCAGCUGUGGGUCAAUGGUAAUCCAAGCUCACGAAAAGGAGUAAAGAAUGCAGGAUCCUUAACUGAAACUCCAAAAAUCAUCUUGGGUCAAGAACAGGAUUCCUAUGGUGGAUCAUUUGAUAGUACACAGUCAUUUGUAGGGAUGCUGACUGAUGUUCACAUGUGGGACUCUGUUCUGUCUCCUGACCAGAUUACUUAUUACACAUAUGGUUUGACAUUUCAGCCAGGCAAUGUUCUUAACUGGAAUUCACUACAAUUUGCUAAAAAUGGGAAUGUGAUUGUUGAAAGCCAGAAAACAUCACAGAAAGCUGUUAACUUAGCUGUAGAAAUGAAGCGACUUCUGGUCUUACUAUCAUUAUUCUUUCUUACUGAAGCUGAAAGACAAGAUCUUUCAGGUAAAAUGUUCACAUUUCCAGUGGAGUCCAAUACUGCCUAUUUGAGUCUAAUACCUGAAGUGGACAAGACCUUCGUUACUGUAACAGUGUGUCUACGAGCUUUCUCUGAUAUUUCUAGAGCUCAGAGCCUUUUUUCUCUUUCUGUGCCAUCAAAUGACAAUGCCUUUUUAAUUUUCAAGCCAAAACAAGGAGUGUAUCAUUUUUAUGUGUUAGGACAAUUUGCAGAGUUUUGGGGCUUGCAGGAUGAUUUGAAUGUGUGGAAUUCAGUGUGUGCUACCUGGGACGGUACUACAGGACUAGUUCAGCUGUGGGUCAAUGGUAAUCCAAGCUCACGAAAAGGAGUAAAGAAUGCAGGAUCCUUAACUGAAACUCCAAAAAUCAUCUUGGGUCAAGAACAGGAUUCCUAUGGUGGAUUAUUUGAUAGUACACAGUCAUUUGUAGGGAUGCUGACUGAUGUUCACAUGUGGGACUCUGUUCUGUCUCCUGACCAGAUUACUUAUUACACAUAUGGUUUGACAUUUCAGCCAGGCAAUGUUCUUAACUGGAAUUCACUACAAUUUGCUAAAAAUGGGAAUGUGAUUGUUGAAAGCCAGAAAACAUCACAGAAAGCUGUUAGUAAUUAGAUUCAAGAGUAAACAUGUAAUAUAAAACUGAAAGACAUAUACCAUGUGAUGUAAAUAAUUAAAUGUCAGUAAAUUUAACAUGAAUGUGUGCUUUGCUAGUCACAAAAAAAACAAUUAAUAUAAAGAUUUUUGUUGUUUGUUUUUUAUUUUUGUUUUGGUUUAAUUAUUAUAGUUUAAAUGAGAUGUCAAUAACAGAACUGAUUUCUAAUUGGCUGAGACACCAGAAACGAAAGUUUUGGCACUAUUAAAAAGGCCCUGGAACAGCAGUAUUUUACGCUACCCCAUUACCCCUGGGGAUUCAAACCCUGUGCUAUCGGCUGGUUGAGCGUCUACAUACAGACAUGAUUGGCUAUGCCUGAGGGGGAGAUGGCUGAGACUUCGCAGUGUAUUGGCGUCCAGUCUGGGGUGUGUUACUGCAUUGCACCCAGUGAUUCUGGGGAAAGUGGACUUGAAACUAUAUUUAAAGGUCCAUGUGCAGCAACAAUAGGAUAUAAUUUAUAGAUAAUCUAUGCUGUCUUGAGCACAUGUGAGACACUAUUGUUCUCUCUUUAUAAGAGAUAUAUUAUAUGUAUAUGUACACCUGUGAUUCAAAUUAAUAAGCAGUUUGUGAUACAAAUUGGGCAGUAAUCUUCUAUAAAUGUCAGCCCUAAUUCUGCAUACACAACAACAGUGUGGUUGUGUAGCCGCUAUGCUAAGCAUGCCUCUGUUCCAGCUUUUUGGGUUUUAUUUGCAAAUUCUAAAUGUGAAUAUAUUUACAAACUACAGUGAAACUGAUCAAUGAAAAAUUUCUACUUUUGUCAGUUAAAUAAAGCUUUAAACAAAUCAACAAA